CAGAUAGUCGUGUUCUGGUAAACAUGUGUUCCAGGCCCAGCCGACCCCGUCCUGUAUCAGAUACCCAGGCUCCCCAGCAGGUCAACCUGGGUAACCUCCUCCCUUCAACCCUACCCAGGAAACUUGAACCUCUAGACAGGAAACCAGAUGUACCUGAUGUUAGGAUAAAGAUCCCUGAACAGAAAGGAUUGGGUGGAUUACAUCUAUCCGUGAAUUAUAAGAAGGUUUCAUGGAAACCCAAUGCUAUGGAUCCUCUCAUUCAGGGUAAAUCUGACGAAUCUGAACAUUCUGAAAAUGAAGAUGAACUGAAUCAAACUUACAACAGAUAAUUUUAUCAAAAAGUGAUGUAUGCUUUUUUAUCCUAAUAACAAGCCAUUUCCGUGUUUAGAGGGGUUUGAAGGAUUGCUACAACACAAUGUCACUCUGUAGUCAGUAUGUCACCCCAUAGAUAUGCAAAACCCGGUUUUUAACUGUAACCCUCUAAUAAAUGUGUAAAUAUACAGUUAAUGUGGACAACAUUCAGCAAAUGUUGAUUUUCAAGUUUUCUUUGAGCAUUAAAACCUUUUUCUUCAAAAUUUCAUUUAGAAAAUCUACAAAUGUUUAUUAUUUUUUAAUUAUAAAACUUUUAUGUCUUCUUUAAAUUUCUUUGUUUAGUGGAACUCCCAAAUAUAUGAUAUAAAGGGUUACCCACAAAAGAUGCAAAUUUAUUUAUUUUGCAAUUAGCAUAGAAUGAGACUUGAUAGUCGACUGAACCAAAUUUCUACUGUCUGUUUUCUUAUAAACAUGGAUCCAACUUCUAAGCUAUUAAACAAGCAAAUAUCUUCAAAACGAUGGUUGAGAAGUUUAUUUUUUUUUCAAGAGUUUCAGGUCGUCUUUACUGCUCAUCCUUUGAAGGUAAACCUGUAUUUAAAUUAAGGUGUGAUUAAUGAUACAUGGCAAAAAUAACAACCAUAACAAUGAAUUAUCGUAACUCAAUGUAAAAAUCAAACGUUUCAUAAAUUGUUAAGUCAAUGUGAUUUCUAAAAUAUAAACUCUUUCGUGAUUUUCAGGAUAAUAUACAUAAUAUAUUCUUAUGUUGUAAGAUUAAUCUUUUUUUGUUUUUUAUCUGUAAAUUCGGAUUAAUAUGCAUUUAUUUAAAAACUUAAUUCAUUACAUAUGUAAUAUCCUUAUACAAUGUUAUUUUGCUUGUAUUACAGAAUACGUUGUACAUUAAAAGAAUAUCAAAACCAAAUCUGCUAAGAUCUUUCAUCAGGAAUUUAUGAUAUUUUUUAAUUCAGGGAAAAAAUACAAAAAAGCUGAUAAUUGUUUUGUUUUCAUCCACAUCUCAUGAACAAUGAAUAAUUUAAUAUAAAACCUAAAAAGUCACCAUUUUCUGCAAACCAAAGAAAUAAAAUUAUAUUGCAUUUAUUUAAAGAUUCAUCAAUUUUUAAUUCAUAUUUACUGGGACACCAGCGAAUGAAAACGUUCGCGAAAAAAUGCGAAAAUGUUCGUUCGUCGUUCGUAAACUUUUUCGCGAAAUGUCGCGAAAAUGAACUAAGCGAAAAAAUGCAAAAACGAAGAGAAGUUUCGCGAAAAAUAAUUCCGCGAAAACCAUAAUGUGUUGAAGGUGCAAAUAAAACUUCUGGAAUUCUUUGCUCUGAGAGCUCAGCACUAGAAUGUUGUAUAAUUAAUAAUUUCUCUUCUUUUUCUGUGAUAAAUGUUUGAUGAAAAUUUCCAUUUUUUUCGCCAAAUUUACACCAUUUUUUCUUCGCAAAAUUUUCGCAAAUUUUUACGCUAAAUUUUCGCAAAUAUUAUAUCGCAAGACAGAAAAUUUUUGCAUUUUCCGAAAACGAACGAAAAGCAAACGCUGCGAAAUUUUUUUCGCAGAACGAUUUCCAUUUUUCGCUGGAGACCCUAGACACCAUUUACAUUGUACAACCAACACAUUUGUUUUAGCUGUACUUAGACAUCAUGCUCUGUCUCUGAAGUUCUUAUCCAUUGUGGGUAACCCUGUGUCUAUGUAUUUAUUUCAUUUGUAAAAAGUUCAACCAAAUUAUCAAACAUAAAAUGUGAUCAAAUCAAUUUUGUGAUAAUUGAGUAUUUUAUGAAAAGUUUUUCUGGCAAAAAUAAAAUGAUUUUUUUAAAAUCUCAA